UCGAUGCUGCUAUAAGUCGGGUACACCGUAACACAGAUGGUAUUUUUACUCGUCACGCAGAAAUGUACCGUAAAAUUAACAUGUUAUCGAUAAAAGAAAUGUCAAAUUUUGUACAACAUUUUAAUAUACACAAUUAAUAAUGACAAUUUAUGGGUAAAAUAUGGAGUGCCUUGUGUUGUUGGUGGUUAAAUAUUGGCAGUACGGUAGAGUGUUGCUGGCAGCCUGAGUUGUUUACUGUGUAGGUGGGUCGACUCCAAUGGAACCUCCUCUAGGGACAUCUCAGCUCAAGCAGGCUGAUGCACAUACAAGAUCUGGCCUUGCACAAACACUGACUGUGCCACGUAACCAACAAUGGCUACACUUGCAGCAAUGGCUGACCUGUUGUAUGAGGCUAUCAACAUUGGAGAUGUGGAUACUGUUAUGGAUUUGUUAAAGAAAGGUGCCAAUGUGAAUGUGCUUCCAUCAUGUGGGCGAACAGCAUUAGGUCGUGCGGCACAAUUAGGACACCUGGCUAUUGUGUGCCUUCUCCUGGAUGCGGAGAAAUUUUUCAUUACACCAGAGGAAGAAGAUGUGGACACAGAAGCUUUGUUUUCGUGUGUGACAUCUAAUGCUGGCUCAGGUGUUGCUCAAGCAUCCAGCUCAUCAGCAUGUGCAUCACUCGUCACUGCCUCCAAAACAGCAACAUCUCCAGAAACGUGGCCUUUACCAGUUACUGUAACUUCAGUCUCGGCUGCCCCACCUUCCAAUCUCCGUCCUUCACUUGGGUCUUCUUUACUGAGUCCACAGCCACAUAAAUGUUGCUCUCCAAGUAUUGACUCUGAAACUUGUACAUGUAGUGAUGAGCUGUGGGGUUUGGACCUAAGCGACACAAAUCAACAUAGUGAUUGGGAACCUGGAAGAUGUAAUCUCCCAAGUAACAACAAUGAGGAAAGCUCAGAAAUUGAGAUGGAAGGAGCAUAUAGUGUUCCUGUGUGUAGUCAUACAACAACCCAGUAUACAUCAAGCAAUAUUGGUUAUUAUGUGUAUGAAUAUAGGGAGGAAGAUGAAGAUACUGGGGAUUCCUCUGGCCCUGUUCUGUCCUCCACAGAAGAUUCAGAUUCUGCUUUGAUAGAGAAACGCCACCAUCAUCAUCUUCAUCGUCACUCAUCUUCCAUUCUCCUGCAACGCACACUUGGCCGAGGCCGGGCUAAUAUUGUAUCCUCAGAUUCUGAAUUUGAAACUGAGAACAGAAGGCGUAGAAGACACGCUCGCCACAAUCAUCGUUCACAUCGCCAUGAGAGAGAGAAUGGUCGCCAUAAAACAUUCGUUAACUCACAUCGAUCAAGUCCCUGGUUGGCUCAACUUCACUCAGAAUAUUUGUCACUCGGCUUGACGUCUCCAUGGUCACUAAACCGUAGCUGUGAUAUCAAUCAGCAGGAUGUAUAUGGGAGGUCAGCACUGCACUAUGCCACUGAACAAGGCCAUACAUAUAUUGUUCAUAUGCUUAUUAAAUCAGGAGUUCGCGUAGACACCCCAGAUGCAGAGCACAUGACUUCCCUUCACCUUGCAGCUCAACGAGGAUUAGCAGAGGUCAUCACAUUGUUGUUGGAAGGUGGAGCAAAAGUCAACACAAAAAUGAAUGAUAAGAGUUCCCCUCUACACAUAGCAGCCUCAAGAGGUUAUACGGAUAUUGUGGAGACCUUGCUGGACCGUGGUGCAAAGAUUGAUUCUUUGGACAGCUCUGACCGUACUGCACUCAUUGUUGCUGUUUCACGCUCAAACUACAAGGUCGUUCAACUACUUCUCAAGAGAGGGGCUAAAGUCAACAUUGAGGAGAUUCAUGGAUAUACUCCAUUGUGUGAGGCAGUAUGGCACAAGGACAUCAAGUUGGUCCAGAUGCUUCUUGGAGCUGGAGCCAAAGUCACCCAGUCACACUACCUGCUUCACUAUGCUGUUCUUCAUAGACACUUUCAGUUGGCAGAGUUCCUGUUGGGUGCCAGAUGCAUUGUCAAUCUCCGAGACGACAAUGGAGACACUCCUCUCAUUAUUGCUGCCCGCACCUGCCAACCCUCAAUCAUAAAGCUCUUGUUAAAGCAUGGAGCUAACACCAACUUUCCCAAUGGUCUCACUGGCACAACUCCUCUCCAUGAAGCGGUUGAAGGAACUCGUGAUGCUCUGUUUACAGAUUUUGGGGUUGUAUUUCUUCUUCUUCGUAGACACGGUGCACGGUUAGAUGUGGAAACAGUAACUACAGGAGACACACCUCUGUACCGUGCACUCUUGCUGGAGAAAAACAAAGCUGCUGCUCUUCUAAUAAGACAAGGGUGUAGUGUGAAUCAUCGAACUCCAGCUGGUACCCCAGACUACCUUCAUAUGACUGCUCUUCGUGGUAAUGCCCCUUUGGCAACACUAUUGAUCUUAGCAGGUUUUAAUCUGUGGCAAGCUGAGUGGCUCAACGGGAUCUUCACACCAGGAACACUCAUGUCAAGACUUGCUGCUGUUAGGUCACAGCCCCUGACACUUGCCGAUCUCUGCAGAGUUGACAUCCGCCAUCGACUUGGGGAGAGGGUCCAAGUGAGUCUUGAGGCCUCUUCUCUUCCCCCUCGAGUAAUAAGAUUUCUCAUGUUAGAAGAUGUAGCGGAGGUGGAUCUCUGACAACCAACAUAAGUUUUAGGCACUUGGGAUUUUCACAGUUUGAGUUUAUGAAAAUGUUGAAGGUAAAGUAUAAAGGUUAGCACUAAAGGUUCUUUUACAGUUUAAAAAUGUCUGGAUACUGGCAGUAGUAUGGAAUUCUUUCUUUGAAUUCGCUGUUUUCGCAUUGGGAGGAAAUGAUACUAUACUAAGCUUUACCAUACCACUUGCAGGAAUCUGUAAUACAGUACACCCUCGGUAUAACGGACAAUGUAUAUCACGAAACUCGGUUAUAACGGACACCCUAACCCUAGUGGACAAAUCCUCGGAAUAAUGGACAGGGGUUCAUUAUCACUUGGAGUUGUCUGAUAGUUUGUCACUGCAUGAAUGCUAGCUGGAAUAACUGUAAUAUACAACAAAGAAUAACAAACAAGCUGAAAAACUUGAGCAAUAAACAACCAUUAUCACACACAUGCAUUUUUCUACUCAUCAUCACCACACUUAUUAUAUGCGCCUUUAUCCUGGGCUUCCUUGCUGUACCCCCUGGACCUUGCUACCAGGCCAAAGGGAAAAAUUUCUAACUGUUCCCCAUCUGUAAGGUGUAUGUUUUUAUGGUUAUUUUUUCACUUAAAAUGUUGGAUAGAUAUAAAAAAAUUCAAAUUUUCUUUUACUCUGUUACAUGAGCACAGAAGCCUUCAAAUGUAUACAGUAUACAGAAAGUGAAAAA